UUUGUGCCAACUGCCUGUGUUGCUAAGUGAGUAAAGAACUUUAUUACAGUCUUUGCUUUGGUAACUUGGGAAAUAAUGCAUUUCACACCAUGAAUCGGUGGAAUGCCUCAGAUUCAAAGGGGGUUGUUUUAACUGCUUACAGCUCCAAGACAGCUGAAGAGAAGAGCUCGAAAGAGGUGGAAGAAAGUCCACCUGCCUUAGCAAGUAGACGAUAUGGCCAUUACAACAUGAAUCAUGCAAAAGCUACAAAAGGCCCUCCGAACAGGACAGCAUAUGGCCGCUCCAACUCUCAGGAUUCCUUGGACAAUCUUUCAAUGGACGAUUAUUGGAAUGAGUUGGACAAUAUACAGAAGAGCAGAGAGAGUGGCCAUGAAGAGCAAGAAGAAGUCAUUCUGAAAGUACAGGAUGAGGGCGAAUCAGAAGCAGAAUGGCUAAAGGAAGCUGGCUUGUCAGAGCUCCUUGGAGAAUCAGCUGGAGACAAAGAGGAGACCAUAGUUCUACUUGCCACGUUAACUCGUACUCAGGCUGCAGCGGUGCAAAAAAGGGUAGAGACUUUAACACAAACAUUGAGAAAAAAGAAUAAACCUCAUCCACCCCCUGAUGUCAGAGAUAUCUUCAGGCCACAGUGUCCAGAAAAAGAUCAAAACAGAAGUGGUGUAGAGUCUCGAGGAGGAACUGAGAAAGAAACACAAAGGACUAUUGCAGAAGAAGAGGUCAGUGCAUAUGAGCCUUCAAAGGAGAAAGAGAAAGUAUCUGUGUUAGAUGAUGUGCCAGUGCCUGAAACUGAUCUCAAUUUAGCGGUAUCAUUUUCUGAGCAGGCUGCAGACCUAAAAGACAAGUAUAAAGGCCAAAUACCUAAAGGAACAGAGGAAAAUACUAUUUUGCCUAAUUUCAGAUUGCAACAAGAUAAAACGGGAACAACAAAAGUCGGUGACCUGGCUCCACAAGAUAUGGCAAAGGUUCACUCCUUAGCACUGAUUGAAUUAACUGCACUUUAUGAUAUACUUGGAACAGAGUUCAAGCACCAGAAAGCCAUGAAGAUCAAAACAAAAGAAACAGGAUUGUUUGGGGUCCCUCUUUCAUUACUUUUGGAGCAAGAUCAGAAGAAAGUCCCUGGUACCAAAAUUCCACUGCUGUUUCAAAAACUAGUUUCCCAUAUAGAAGAUGAAGGCUUGCAGACAGAAGGACUAUUAAGGAUACCUGGUGCUGCAACAAGAAUUAAGACUCUGUAUCAGGAGCUAGAAGCAAAAUUUUAUGAAGGCACUUUCAGCUGGGACACAGUCAAGCAACACGAUGCUGCAAGUCUCCUUAAGCACUUUAUUCGAGCUCUACCACAACCACUACUCACUCAGGAAUACCUCAAUGCUUUCAUAGAUGUGCAGAAUCUUCCAACAAGGAAACAGCAGCUGCAGGCCCUUAAUCUUCUAGUCCUCCUACUUCCAGCUCCAAACAGGGAUAUGUUGAAGGCCCUGCUUGAAUUUCUGCAAAGAGUUAUAGACUACAGAGACAAAAAUAAAAUGACCCUCAACAAUGUUGCCAUGGUGAUGGCACCCAACCUCUUCUUGUUUAAAGGACUUCGUACAAAAGCUAGUGAACAGAAGGAAUUUGCUUUGGCAACAGGAACAGCCGGCAUCAUGAGAUUUCUUAUAAAAUACCAACAACUUCUGUGGACAAUCCCUAAAUUUAUUGUUGCUCAAGUGAGGAAUUUAAAUGUGGAAAAUCAGAAGAAACUAGCAAGAGAUAGACCUAUGAAAAAAUUGCUAAAGAAGAGGAUACCUGAACGGGAUAAGCAGGACAAGCAAGAUAAGAGCCUUAUAGAAGUAGAUAUUCCCAAAGGAGUAAUAAGAGUUCAAGCGCAUUCAUUCUCCAAAGUUUCCAUGGCAGUACAGCUGACAGAAGAGUUGAAAGCCAGUGACAUUCUAGCUAGAUUUCUCAGUCAAGAAAGUGGGGUCAGUGAAUCCAUAAAUAAAGAAGACGUGUGCCUCUAUGAAAUUGGGGGGAAUAUCGGUGAGCGUUGCCUAGAUGACAACACGUAUAUGAAAGAUUUGUAUCAGCUCAACCCAUGUGCUGAUUGGGUUAUCAAACCUAGAAGUUCCUAAGUCAAGAAGAUGUAAGAACAAAACAUUUCUGCUUGAAUUAGAUAACCGUGUCAAGAAAUGCAGACCAGUCCAUGGAGACCAUCCUCAUAGUAGAUACUGUGUACAUUUAAUAUUUAAUUUCUAGAGACUAUGGUUAUUUUUUUUAAUCUCAGUCUAUUAUUUUCGGAGACCAUUAUGUAUAUAUUUUUUUAUUUAGGUUCUAUUAUAGUUAAACCAAAGUUGAAUGAAAAUUAUUUUUCAUGACUGCAUUCGAUAAAAAAGCCAUGACAUUAUUCUUUUAUGACAUGAAGGUAUACCGAGUACAUAGGUGUUAAUGGAGAACCAUUGACAAUGUUGUGACAUGACCAGUUCAGUAUAUCUCUCUCAUUGAAUAAAGUAUAAAGUGCACCCCACUCCCACUUGUAGUGGCACACAUUCUGCUACUGUUCUUUUAUUUCUGUCUAGUACACUUGUUCUCCUAAAUUCAAACUACAUAUAGCUGUAUUGCAUGAGGAAGAGAAAUGCUUAGUUAUAAUCUUCUCACAUAUAUUACACAUGUAGGUUUGAAGAAUUGUAGCAACAAGUAAGAACAAACAGAAUUGUGGUCUCUGGGAUGACUAUAAAAAAAAAUCAGUCACUGGAGGGAUAAUAGUGCAUACACUAAAUUAGAGCAUUAAUGAACUCAGAAUAUGAACAACUAUGAAAAGCCUAAAGUAAAAUAUAAACAAAUCAGUAAACAGAUACUGUACACACAAGCCAUUAAGCUUAGGAAUGUGAAGAGAACGGACACCAGCAUUGCGCCAGUUGUAGGGAUAUUGACUUUAUAAUAUGGUAGCUGUCUCCACACAACAUUCUAAAUGUUGAAUUUUAACUGCAAGUCUGCCUAAUUACACUCAUUUCUGGGGUACAAGGUCUAUUUUUGGUGGCUUUCAAAAGUUACACUCUGCAGUGAAAGAUGUGAAAGUAUUGGUGUGUGUGUGUGUGUGUGUGU